GGGCGAUGGCGAUACAAUAGCCUCCGCCGCCGGGCGAGCCUAUUGUUUUCACUUCAUCCCCCUCCCCCCCGCCCGCCGCCGUACCCGUCGUGUGUCCCCUCCACCCUCCGUUCUUAUCCUUCCGCGAUAGCCUGCCCGGGUCCUCUGUUUUUCUUGGGCCCGGUGAGUGGGUUAGCGCCUGUGUGUGUUGGGCAAGCAAGAGGAAAUACCCCUACCCUUCUUUCACGCGGGGGCCAAUUGGGUAUUUCAUCGCCACCGGAAGUGCUUGCACGACGAGGGGUCGGAAUGGCGACGAGAAGAUCGACAAUGGACAGAGGGGCGAAGUCCAGUGCGUGGGUCAUUGUCGUGGUCAUUGGUUAUGCACUAAGCUCGAGCCUCUUAGCGAUUAUGAAUAAGGUGGCUAUGAUGGCGUUUCCUUUUCCCAGCGUGCUGCUGAUUCUGCAGUAUCUGACGUGUGUGGUAGUAGUUAUGGGUUUGGGACGGCUUGGUGUGUUGCAUCACGAGUCGUUAAAUCUGGCAACGAUCAAGAGCUUCUUUCUGGCGGCCGUCGUCUUCUACCUCGCCCUCUUCACCAACACCAAGCUCCUACUCCAUGCGAAUGUGGACACGUUCAUCGUCUUCCGAUCGUCGACGCCUCUCUUGGUCGCCAUAGCCGAAUCUCUCUUCAUGAAGAAAGCAUGGCCGAGCAAGUACACUUUCUCCUCUCUGUGCAUCAUCUUCCUAGGUGCAGUGGCGUAUGUCUCCUCGGACAGGGAUUUCACCGUCAAGGCGUAUUCUUGGGCAUUCGCUUAUCUGUUCACGAUAACCGUGGAGAUGGUUUAUAUCAAGCAUAUAGUAAUGAGCGUGGGCUUGAGCACAUGGGGAUUGGUUCUGUACAACAACUUCCUGGCUCUGCUCUUCUCUCCCUUCUUCUUCUUCGCUUCCGGUGAAAUUGGCCAGCUGCAGGUGUGGCGAUCUGGUAGCACUCUCUUUCCUCCCAGCACAUGGGUGCCUGUCUUCGUCUGCUGCAUUCUUGGUCUCUCUAUUUCCUUUUUUGGCUUUGCUGCGCGCCGAGCUGUCUCCGCUACCGCUUUCACCGUAAUCGGCGUCACGAAUAAGCUGCUCACCAUUCUCAUCAACGUGAUUUUCCUCCCCCACGCGUCGAUGCUCGGCACGUGUUCGCUUCUUCUGUGUAUCGUCGGAGGAGUUGUGUACCAGCAGUCGACAUCUUCUCCUUCUCCUCCUCCUCCUCAAGCUAAACCUCCCACCCAUUCUCUCAACCGGGACGAAGAGAUGGGUGCGGAAGACGGCGGCGAGGGUGGGGGGGGUCAAGACAGCCCAAAUGCAUUGUUGCUAAGAGACGAGAAGAGUGAGGAGUGAUCGGCCCCUUUUGUUUUGUGUCUUGUCGUGUACACUAUCAAAUGCAUUAUUCAUUCCUCCGUGGGCUGUCGAAGCCUCGUCUGUUUUGUCUUCCACGGUCGUGUACAUACGAGAGAAAAAUGGGGCGCGGCGUAGGGGGCAAAAACGUUGAGGUUUCCGGCCAUUGGAUCUCUGUCUCUCUCUCUCUCUCUUCUCUCCACUGCUCUUGCUCUUCUUGCCGUUCAUUUUUUAUAUAUGCGAGCGGGCUGCUGCCGUUGGGGGCACUGAACGGCCACAUGUCAGCGGAGGAGUGGAGCGCCUGGCGGCAGUCGGUCGAAAAGGUGUGUUCUCUGGAACGCAGAGACGGGAGGCAGGGAGAGAAGAAGGGUUUUGGCUAUGGCAGCCGUCUCUGGUCUGAAGCUUGGUGGAAAGCCGAAGGCGGCAGAGAUCGAUGCAGCGUGUGCGAAUUGCGGCGAUUUUUAGGGGACCAUAAGGGGGGGGGGGAGGCUUUCCUUCUUUGUUUUCUGGACACUUGAGGAAGGAAAGAGGAGGAAUUUUGUUAGAACGGUUGAGCAACUUUUCGUCCUCUCGUUCUCGGUCGACCUUUGCUGUCUGAUUGCCUGGGUGAAAUGGAGUUGAUUGCAGCUUCUUCUCCGUUGGGGGCUACUUCGACAACCGGAGAACGCGACUACAGUAGUAGGCGGAGAGGUCAGCAGGUAAUCCCAGCUACCGUCCAUGCACACCGAUCAAAUCCCGUGUAGGUAGAUUUUCAACAUGACCUACCUGCGACCCAGUCUUCCCCGAGCACAUCUGGCUGGCUGGCUGGCUGGCUGGCUGUCCCUUGCUACCUUCUGACGCGCUUGAGCUGUGAUAUGGGGUAAUCGUCGACCAGCCUGUAAGUCAGUGAGGAGUUUGAAACGGUUUUGUCCUUGUGGAUAGGCCAAGGAAACAAAUAAUAUCAGAAGGGGGAAGUCAAAUUCCUUUUCUGGAGAUCACGGCUACUCCUCUGUCUGUUUCUCUCUCUGCUCAUAAUGUAGGUUAUAUUCUAUGCCCGCAAGGACCUCGGUUUAUAAUGAUUAUGCUCCAGUCACCGAAUACACUAACACACUGACUCACGCCCAUACACACACACACACACACACACACACAGAGAGAGAGAGAGAUUGCUAUCUGUUUUGUUCAUCCUUUCUCGUCUAGGUUUGAAGGAUGGAUGGACUGGAUAGCCGAAUACGGACGGCUGAGCAGAUGAGCUGUUUCGCUUCCCCCGCUGUCCCCUUCAUUUUCGCAGUCGGCCGGGCUCGUUCCGUAAUAUGCGGAAGAUGUUGAUCCUUCUUUCCUUUUCGUCACCCAUUCUUUCUUAUUCACUAUCUCAAUUCCGUCUCCCCCACCUAUUCGGCCCUUCCUGCGCGGAGGUCGUUCCGCAUGUUGCGGGUGCGCUGUUGCGCAUGGGAGCAAGCGCACAUUCGUUGAGAGCAUUAGCUAGCUACCUAGGGGUGCGGAAGGGCUCCUAGGGGUGCGGAAGUGGCGCGUUUAAGAGGCUUCUUUUCUCGAGGCCCGCGGAUGGGCUUCGCAGUCUCUCUCUCUGGCUCUGGCUCUUUCAUCGCUUCAUCAUUUUUAUUUGUCCGUUCGAUUAUCGAAGGAUGAUUUAUUCAUAUACUCUCUUCGCGGCGGUCGGCCGUGCGUUUACGCUCAUGAAAGCUGUAAGCAGCUCCAUUGAACGACCAUCUCUCUCCCUCUCUCCCACCCGUCCUUCCUCCCUCUCCCUCUCCCUCCUCUCUACCCCUUUAGAGUGGAAGGAACUGUCUUUCCGGCGAAGGGUAUGUGGUGAGCCUCCUCUGAUUGGACCGGAGCGCACCCGGUUGAAACCUGAUGAGAGGAACGCGUGCGUGGCUUGAGCACUGUAUACACGCUUGUAAAAAAGUCAUUCUAUUGCGUGGGAAGAGCAAUUUGGCAAUAAUUGCUUACCUUCUUCUUUCUUCUUCUUCUUCUUCUUCUUCUUCUUCUUCUUCGUUUUUUUUAUUCGAUCGAUUGCGUCUAGUUGUUCUCGUGCGGUUCGGUAACGUCCUUGCCAGGUUCUGCACUUGGACCGCAUCUGGUAUUAGUGCUAUUCCCUUAAACUUAAAUCUCCUGUUUCUCUCCCACACGGUGGCUUAGCCGGAUCACGCUGUGGGUGAGAGAGAGAGAGAGAGAGAGAGAGAGAGAGAGAGAGAGAGAGAGAGAGAGAGAGAGAGCAGGCUGAGACGGCAAACACACUGAUUUGUUUAGGUAUAUAGUACUAGUAGGAGGAGGAGGAGGUAGGAGGAGGAGAUGAAUGACGAGUGUUUCGUCGAGUCCCAUCCACACGCAGUUCUUUGCGGAUGCGCACGGUCCGAGACGAUUUAAACUCACAAAACAGAAGGAAGGCGAAAAAAACGAGAGGUGAAUGAAAUAAUGAAAAUUUCUCCGUACACACCGUUCAUUGUUGUCAUCAGGAACUGAUUCUCAAGCUCUUUUUUUUUUUUUUUUUUCGACUCGUCGUUUUUCCGUUCUAGCUGUAUUUUCAGAAGUUCGGAAAUGUCCUUUUUUUUUUUGUCAUUUUUCGUACCACGUGUUCUUCCUGGUGCAGCAGCAGCAGCAGCAGAAGGUGGUACUUGGGGGCCGUUCCACUUCUCCCAUUCUCCUGCGGCGGUGAAUGGCCAAUCGCUAUCGUCGGGCCGUGGCCUCCAUUCACCAGAUAGCUUGACUACACAGAGUUGGGCAUGGGAUGGGAAUUUUGCCAUCGCAGCCGGCGGCUCGGCCGGAUGGAAUUCACUGACAGUGGCACUCACUCUGAUCGGCUUCUGUGGAUCCCCGCGAAUAAAAGAAGGGUGAGGGGAGCGCUCUGGUCAGUAGUUCUUCGGUCUAAAUCGCAGAUCGGCGGUUGAUGUCUGCUGGAGCAAACUCGCGGCCGUCCUCGUUAUAUUACUGUAUUAGGUUAAACCCCUUUCCUCUCGUCCGACGCCGCGCUUGUUAUAUCCCCUCUUGCUCGAUCGCUCGCUUGCUCAUGGUGGUCUUCGCUCUCCUCUAUCUUUCGAGUUGCUUAGGGUUCACAUGACAAUGACCGAAUACUACUUUUCCGAGCACACGAACAGCAGAGAUAAGGGAGCUUUUGUGUUUAACACCAUAUCCACAAGCACUCGCUCGCUUUGUGUGUGUGUGUGUGUGUUUGUGUGUGUGCGUGUGUGUGUGUGUGUGUGUGUGUGUGUGUGUGUGAGAGAGAGAGAGAGAGAGAGGGAGGCUGAGACGUACGCGUGGGGCAUCUAGGUGGCCAAUGAAAUGAGACCGGGCGAAGAGGGGCUGGUGAAGAUGCAGAGAAUGGGGUCAAAACGCUGGUCUAGGCAGCAGAGACGUCCACGUGGCAUCAGGUUCAAGCGGUGGUCGAUGUGGAGAUUUCAACUGAAGAUGGUGAUGGCGAUUGCAGCAGGUCUGAGUGCUGAGUGCCUGGAAACUUUUCAUUCCUCGUGAAAAUGACAGCGGUCGAGAAUCUUGCGGACUAUUUUUGCUGAUGUCAACUGAAAAUGACAGGAGGUUAAUAAGCUUGUUAGAGGUAGAGGCGAAGGAGAAGUGGGGUUAAUAAAUCACGCAGACGACU